CACGGUCAAGAUGGUCCCUGGUCCCGCCCGCGGGCCACUCUGCAGAGACCGCGAUCCCGGGCCAGCUUCCGACGAUGGAGAGGAGGGCUCGGAGCUCCUCCAGAGAGGCCCGCGGGAGAGGCGCCGGAUCCCCCCACAGGGAGAACAGGAGGGCGAAGACCGAGAGGGGCGGCGGUGGCCGUGGGCGCCGGGACGCCGGGCGGGAGAGGGCGGGGAGCCGGGGGGAGCCCCCAGCGCCCUCAGCCACCGUGGUGGACGUGGAUGAGGUCCGCGGCUCCGGUGAGGAGGGCACCGAGGUGGCGGCGCUGCUGGAGAGCGAGCGGCCCGAGGAAGGUACCAAGUCUUCAGGCUUAGGGGCCUGUGAAUGGCUUCUUGUCCUCACAUCCCUGCUCUUCGUCAUUGUGACCUUCCCUUUUUCUAUCUGGUUCUGCAUAAAGGUUGUACAGGAGUAUGAGAGAGUAAUAAUAUUCCGACUGGGACAUCUACUUCCUGGAAGAGCCAAAGGCCCUGGCCUUUUCUUCUUUCUGCCCUGCCUGGAUACCUACCACAAGGUCGACCUUCGUCUCCAAACCUUGGAGGUACCCUUUCAUGAGGUUGUGACCAAAGACAUGUUUAUAAUGGAGAUAGAUGCCAUCUGCUACUACCGAAUGGAAAAUGCCUCUCUUCUCCUGAGCAGUCUUGCUCACGUGUCCAAAGCUGUCCAGUUUCUUGUGCAAACCACCAUGAAGCGUCUCCUAGCACAUCGCUCCCUCACUGAGAUUCUUCUAGAGAGGAAGAGCAUUGCCCAAGAUAUAAAGGUGGCCUUGGAUUCAGUGACCUGUAUCUGGGGAAUCAAAGUGGAGAGAACAGAAAUUAAGGAUGUCAGGCUGCCGGCCGGGCUCCAGCACUCACUGGCUAUGGAAGCCGAAGCGCAGAGACAGGCCAGAGCGCGGGUGAUCGCCGCGGAAGGGGAGAAGGCCGCCUCCGAGUCCCUGAGAACAGCAGCUGAGAUCCUAGCGGGCACUCCGGCUGCUGCUCAGCUGCGAUACCUCCACACGCUCCAGUCCUUGUCCACAGACAAACCUUCCACAGUGGUUUUGCCUUUGCCGUUUGACUUGCUAAAUUUCCUGUCUUCUCCCAGCAACAGAGCUCAAGGAAGCCUCCCCUUACCAAAUCCUUCCAGACCUGUUGAGCCACCAAAUCCUAAAAAGAAAGACUCUCCCAUGUUAUAGGAAGAGCCAAGGGUAAUGUGACUGGAAGGGGCCUGACUUCUAACAGCCACAUCCCUGAGUCAGGCACUCUGUCCUCACCUCCUGCCCUUUCUUCGGUUGCCAUAUGGAAUGCCCUUGGAAUGCACACGGUCACAAUUCAGGAAUCUGCAUGAGAAGGACAAUGAGAUGAUGUAAUGACAGAGAAACCAUAUAACAGAUUUAGAUGCAUCAUUUAAUCAGGGUAAUUACGGGAAAGAGCUUUAGCCGACAUUCUACUUUGGAAAGA